GCUAAUGGGGGUUGGGGCUGAUAUGGUUAAAGUAAGUUGUAGGGGGAAUGGGAGCCAGAAUGACAGAACAGAUAGUGGAGAUGGUGAAUUGAAUUGACUUUAUUAUGUACAUCCUUCAUAUAGAUGAGUAGAAAUAUUUACAUUACAUUACUGUCUAAAUGUGCAAUGUGUAAUUGAAAUUGAUUUAUAAUGUUUAGUUUGUAUAUAGGACAGUCAAGAAAGCAAUUAAUCAGUCUGAUGGCCUGGUGGAAGAUGAUGUCCCGGAGCCUGUUGCUGUGGUACCGUUUCCUGGAUGGUGGCAGCAAGAACAGUUUGUGGUUGUGAACUUUUUUAGGUGUAUAAGAUGAUGAGGGGUAUUGAUCGUCUGGAUAGCCAGAGGAUUUUUCCCAGGGCUGAAGUGUCUAACACGAGGGAGCAGAGUUUUCAGGUGCUUGGAAAUAGAUACCGACGGGAUGUUGGGGUUAAAAAUGACAAGGAAUUUGUCUACGGGAAUCCCGAACACAACACACCAGUUUUGCUGUCUCUGUCCAGAUACUUAAGAAGAGGAGCAAGCGAUUCACUCGAUCAUCCUUCCUGCUCAGACUGCGGAGAGGGAUUCACUCGAUCAUCUGACCGACUGGCACGCCUGUAAUUUCAAACAUCUGCUCAGACAGUGGGAAUGGAUUCAGUCGGUCAACUCAACUGAAGGUACAGCAGCAAGUUCACACAGGGACGAGACCAUUCACCUGUUCUGUGUGUGAGAAGGGAUUCAGUCAGUCUUCCCACCUGCAGACACACCAGUCAGUUCACCCUGGGCAGAGGCUGGUCAUCUGCUGAAUUUGUGGGGAAGGAUUCACUCGGUCAUCUGACCUAAUGGCUCACCAGCGAGUUCACACUGGAGAGAGGCCGUUCACCUGCUUGGACUGUGGGAAGGGGUUCACUUGGUCAUGCCAUCUGAAGCUACAUCAGAGAGUUCACACUGGGGAGAGGCCAUUUACCUGCUCAGUCUGUGGGAAGAGAUUCACUCAGUCAUCCAGCCUAAUGGCUCACCAGCAAGUUCACACUGGAGAGUGGCCGUUCACCUGCUUGGACUGUGGGAAGGGGUUCACUCAGUCAUGCCAUCUGAAGGUACAUCAGCGAAUUCACACUGGGGAGAGGCCGUUCACCUGCUCAGACUGUGGGAAGGGAUUCACUCAGUCAUCUGAACUGAAGGUACAUCAGCGAGUUCACUCUGGUGAGAGGCCAUUCACCUGCUCAGACUGUGGGAAAGGAUUCACUCAGUCAUUUAAGCUCAAAAUACAUCAGCGAGUUCACACUGGAGAGAAGCCGUUCACCUGCUCAGACUGUGGGAAGGGAUUCACUCAGUCUGCCCACCUACGAUCACACAUGUCAGUUCACACUGGGAAGAGGCCGUUUACCUGUUCAUACUGUGGGGAGGGAUUCAUUUUGUCAUCACAGCUGCUGGCACAUCAGCGAGUUCACACUGGGGAGAGACCGUUCACCUGCUCAGACUGUGGGAAGGGAUUCACACAGUCGUACAGCCUACUGGUUCACCAGCGGCUUCACACCGGCGAGCGGCCGUUCACCUGUUCGGACUGUGGGAAGGGAUUCACUUGCUUAGCUAAACUGAAGCUACAUCAGAGAGUUCACACUGGAGAGAGGCCGUUCACCUGCUCAGACUGUGGGAAGGGAUUCAUUUGCUCAUCUGAACUGAAGGUACAUCGGAGAGUUCACACUGGGGAGCGGCCGUUCAUCUGCUCAGAAUGUGGGAAGGGAUUCAUUCAAUCAUCCACUCUGAAAGUACAUCAGCGAGUUCACACCAGAGAGAGGCCAUUCACCUGCUCAGAGUGUGGGAAGGGAUUCACUCAGUUAGGUAACCUACAAGCACACCAGCGAGUUCACACUGGGGAGAGGCCGUUCACCUGUUCAGACUGUGGGAAGGGAUUCACUCAGUCAUCCAGCCUACAAGCACACCGGUCAGUUCAUACUGGGGAGAAGCUGUUCACCUGCUGAAGCCUGAAUUAUACCUCUGCAUAGACGCUAUGCCAUUGUGAGCAUUUCUACUUGUGAUUUUGUGUGUCUGCAUCACUGCCAAAAUGCUAGUUGGUGUUGGGGUUCUGUGCUACUGUGUUGAAUUCACUUGUGUUGAGUUGCGAACAAUGGCGACUGCUGACUACGUCUUGUUGGAGUUGGAGCUAAUCAAUGUUGCAGAAGUGUUACUUUUUUUGAAAUUACUGCAACGCAGAAAAAUGAGAAGUUUUUCCAUUACCUUUUGCAGUCCAUGAUGUCCAAAGCAAUGUUGGAAAUUUCUUUGCACGAUUUUGAUGCCAUUUUCAAGUCUUUAUUGUCUGCCAAUGAAGAGUCGUG